AUGAAGGUCACCGCUGCCCUCUUCUCCCUUGCCUUCGCCAGCUUCGCUGCUGCCCAGGACCUUGGUAACCUCCCAAGCUGCGCUCAAGAAUGUGCCACACCCUACCUCAUCAACGGCAUCGGCAACUGCAACCGCGACCCCAAGUGCAUCUGCAAGGACGAGACCUUCGUCAGGGAAAUCCAGUGCUGCCUCCUGGAGAAGUGCGAGCCCGACAAGAUUGAGGCUGCUGCCGGUUUCGCUGUCACUUUCUGCCAGAACAACGGAGCCACAAACUUCCCAACCAAGGCCACCUGCGCGACCGCCGCUGCCAACACCGGCUCUACCAGCGCGUCCGCCACUGCCGUCGUCACCACCGGCACCGGUUCCACUGCCGCCACCACUAUCACUGGCUCCAGCGGCGCCGCCGUGUCCUCGGCCGCCAGCAGCAUCGCCAGCGCGGCUAGCAGUGCCCAGAGCAGCAACCCCGGCCCCAGGCAGACUGCUGCUGCCUGUCUUGGUGCCAUUGGUGGUCUCAUGGCUGCCGUUGCCCUUCUUUAA